AUGUAUACAUGUAUAUAUAUAUAUAUUUAUAGGCACAGGAAGGUUGUGAACAUCGAUGACCCAAAUGCUCCAUACUUCAUCGAUCAAGGGAAUGCAGAUGUUCCACUCGUUACAUUUGGAAUGCAGAACAAGAACGCCAACGUCUACCCUCUAAAGUCCGAGCUUUCAUUGUUCAAGACUGAGGUUUGGGUGAGCACGCCAAUGGGGGCACUGGAGAUCAACUCAGGGAUGCUUGGGAGGUAUAACAUCUACAACAUCCUCGCAGCCGUUGCUGUUGGGAUUGCCGUCGGCCUGAAGCUGGAGAACAUCGUGAGGGGAAUCGAGGCGGUGAAAGGGGUUGCCGGCAGGUUUGAGUUAAUUGACGAGGGACAGCCUUUCGCCGUGGUUGUAGACUAUGCACACACACCCGAUGCUGUGUGUAGACUUCUGGAUGCUGUCCGAGAACUCGAACCACGAAGAGUCAUCACUGUCUUUGGAUGUGGCGGAGAAAGAGAUCGGAGGAAGAGGCCGCCGAUGACAAAAAUUGCAGCUGAUAAAAGUGGCGUGGUUAUUCUGACAUCAGACAAUCCAAGGAAUGAAGAUCCAAUGAAAAUAUUGGAUGAUAUGUUAGCUGGUGUUGGAUACACAAUGGAAGAGUUCUGCUCACUGCAUGGUGGAAGUAAUAGCCAUCAAAAGCUCCCAAAUGGCUGUACACUAUCAGUAAAUGGUGACAGAAGACUUGCUCUGCGAGCAACCUUUGCCAUGGGGAAGGAAGGAGACGCCAUUGUUGUUGCUGGCAAAGGCCAUGAGACAUAUCAAAUUGAAGGUGAUACAAAGAAGCUAUUUGACGACAGAGUUGAAUGCCGAGAAGUGCUACGAGCUGAAGCAAGCAGGGAGAGAGACCGGUGA